AUGUCGGCGGCAGAGCCGGGGCUAUUCUUCUGCACGGCGGGCCGCGGGCUGGAGCCCUUCCUGGCGCGGGAGGUGCGGGCGCGGCUCGGCGCCACCGAGGUGGACUGCGUCUCGGGAAAAGUGUUCUUCAGGGCGGCGGCGGGGCCCGGAGAGCUGCGGCAGCUGCGGUCGGGGGAGCGCCUGUUCCUGCUGCUGAAGAAGCACAGCCCGCUGCCGGUGUCUGGGAACAGAGGGAAAAUGCUUCAUGAGAUUAAAAACCUGGUCAUCGAGGACCCGAAAUACUGGCUGGAUAUUGUCUCUGUUUGGAGGAAGCUUCAUGGACAUGAGGGGAAAACAGAUGAUGGCUCUAUAGAAAAUGCAUUGGCUCUGAAGAGGAAGUCAGAAGAAGAGACAAAUACUGCAAGUAAAAGGCAAAAAACAGAACAAGUGAGGGCAAUUGUGUCUGAGGAGUGUCAGGUGGGGGCUGAAGAGACCUGUGAGGCACCAGCCAGAAUGAGCAGGCAGGAGUGCUGGACUGAGAGCAGGACUUGCUCAGAAUUGCCUUCCAUGGGCAGUGCAGAGCAUCCUGCUGCCCUUGAGCAGCUUGGCUUCAGCUUCAGGGUGUCAUGUCGCUGCAGUGGAGCCAUUGCCAGAACACUGACUUCACAGGAGGUUGGCAGAGCCCUUGGCACAGCCCUGGUGAAGCAGUGUGGGUGGCGAGCUGAUCUGCGGGACCCUGACCUGGAGAUCUUUGUACAUCUCAAUGACAUUCACUCUGUGGUGGGGAUUCCUCUUUUCAGGCUUCCAUUGGCAAACAGAGAGUAUAUCAGAACAGCAGGGCUGCGGUCAACAGUGGCAUGGGCCAUGGCAUCUCUGGCUGAAAUCAGGGCUGGUGCCCUUGUGCUGGAUCCCAUGUGUGGGCUAGGAACCAUCCUGCUGGAGGCUGCCAAGGAGUGGCCUGAUGCCUGGUACUGGGGUGCUGAUAUAAGUGACUCCCAGUUAGAGGGUGCAGAUGGCAAUAUCAGAGCUGCAGGCCUGGUGCAUAAGAUUGAGCUGCUGAAAGCUUCUGUGAAAGCGCUGCCAUUGCCUUCAGAAAGCUUUGACAGCGUUAUUUCAGAUAUUCCAUUUGGGAAGAAGUUCAAGACCACAAGUGAUGCUCAGCUCCUACCAGAUCUUCUCCAGGAAAUGGAGAGAGUGCUUCUUGUUGGAGGGACCCUGGUGUUGCUGCUGAGCCAGGAGCUCCACAGACGCAUGGAUGGUUUGACCAGGAGUGCUGGAGGUGACCCUGCUGAGGCCUCUGCUGACAGUGACAGUGGAGCAGCUCCUGCACAGGCCAUGGAUGGUUUGACCAGGAGUGCUGAUGGUGACAACAGAACAGCCCCUAGUGUGGAUGGGAAUUCCUCCUCCUUGGCCCAGGGGCGUGCAGAACCUGUUCUCAGCAGACAUUUCGGGUCCCUGCUGCCAGAGGGUGUCUAUGCUGUUAGCCUGGGCAAGACUGAUGCUUUCAUCCACAAAUACAGGAAGGUGUCUGGGCCUGGGAGCUGUCCCAGGACUGGGACACUCCCUGGAGCUGGGAGCUCUCUGGGCCUGGGCUGAAGGGAACUGGAAAGCUUUGGGAGCAGCAGGGCAGGACUCAGUGGGGCUCUGCUGGUGCAGACACACCCACUGCCAUCCCUUAGAUUGCCUCACCUUCCUGGCAUUUCCUAAGGCACUGUGCUGUUGUGUUUCUGGUUUUCAGGAGAGGUGGAAUGUGACCGUGUUCACAGGGGUCCCAGGAUGAGGGAAGAGAUGAGGAUCUGACUCCAUGUUUCAGAAGGCUGAUUUAUUAUUUUAUGGUAUAUAUUAUAUUAAAACUAUACUAAAAGAAUAGAAGAAAGGAUUUCAUCAGAAGGCUGGCUAAGAAUAGAAAAAGAAGGAAUGAAUAACAAAGGCUUGUGGCUCGGACAGAGAGUCCGAGCCAGCUGACUGUGAUUGGCCAUUAAUUAGAAACAACCACAUGAGACCAAUCACAGAUGCACCUGUUGCAUCCCACAGCAGCAGAUAACCAUUGUUUACAUUUUGUUACUGAGGCCUCUUGGCUUCUCAGGAGGAAAAAUCCUAAGGAAAGGAUUUUUCAUAAAAGAUGUCUGUGACAGUGGAAGAUGCCAGUUCUGCUGUAUUGGAUAUAGUCUGUUGCAGUGUGGCAGAGUCCUGAAAUCCUUGUUUAGGCACAGCUGCUCAGUAUUGGGAGGAGUUUCUGUCGGAGAGAAAGUCUUGAUUUGCAGAACUGCAAACCCAGAUGUGGUAGCCCAUGAUCUUUGGGCUGUGCACUCCAGCUAUUCAUUUCAAAGUAAUAUUUAAGCUACAGGUUUGUCUAUUCUAGUUAUCCUUAGUGUUCGGGUUGUUCUUAGGUGGAGGAUAGGCGAGCCCCCUGAAGUGCUGAGCAGGAAGGGAGGCUGAAGGAGAAGCAGCAGCACUGACAACUGGAGUUGCAGCCAGUCCCAGGCCCUGGACCCCAACUCUGUUUUGUGUGUCCUGGGUCCUCCCUGCCCUGCCUCUCCCCCUCCCUCCUGCACUUUUGGGACACCUUUUUUUCUCCCCUGUACCUUUUCUUUUCUCUUGGUUCUUCUGUCUCAUCAAAAUCGGGCUUUUAGAACUGUACCAGCAUUAAAGAAAGGGCCUAAGGCAAUACUGAAAGCACUCCCUCCUUUGGGUUUUAGCAUCCUUUGUACAAAGGCUGAGAUAGCAAAAACCAAAAGUCAUUGCACGUUUUCUGUGAGAACUAAAUAUAAAGACUUCUCACUGCUUUCCUAAGCCAUGCAGGAACACUGGAGGCCUUUUGGGAAGGGAAAAUUAUGAUAAAAUACAUUUCUGUAUGUUUCUGUGCAAAGCUUUUGACUGAUCAAGAUCACCUUAAAGAGCAGAGUUGGGUUUAAUAAUGUUAUUUUGUUGACUUCAACAGUUUCUCUCAAAUGUUUUUACUGAGAAAAGUAUAAAAUAGGACUAUAUUUGCAUUUUCAAACAUACUUUUCUGUCCUUAAUGUCUUGUAGUUAUUAAUGUGUAUUUUUGCAGCUGUGCAGUCUGUGAUAAAGAUAGCUUUCCUGCUUGACUUGGUGGCAAUGAUUUGUAAGAAGUUUAUAAACAUGCUGGGGUCUGCUCCACGUAUGAAUGGCUUGUGGCUAUGGUUAUGCACCCAGUUUGUUAGAGAAGCAGGGGAUGAGGCUUUCAGCCUUUGUUUUCCUUCUUCUCCUCUGAAUCUGUUGCAUCACUAUUGAAGAAUGUUCAGUUUCCCCUGAAUGUGUAAGAGACCAUCUUUCUGGUAUUCAAUCUGGUAAGCUUCCUCUAUACAGCCUGCUGCUUCUCUAGAGUGAGGGCUGAGAUUUCUAGAGGGGCUGAUGAGACCCCUGACCCAGGAGUAGACCCAGGUGUGGAAAAUCCUAAGUGGUGUGGGAAAUGGGAGGAUAUGGGCCAAAUCCUGAGGGAAUUCUCUGACCCUAUAGUUUAGGACUUUCCCCAUGAACAAAUUCAGAACCCAGCUGAGGUGGGGAAAUAUCUGAAAGAAAAGUACCAGGAUGACCCUAAGGAGGAAAAGAUCAUUGCAGUGAGCUGGGCCCUGGCUUGUGCUUAUCGCACACUGCUAGAUACUGUCGGGCAGCAGACAGAGGCAGGGGGGCAGGGAGAUAAAUCAGCAACUGUCCUGGUGACU